AAUUAAGAGAAAAAAAACCAAUCUUCUUCGCUCGCAUUGAUUGAUUUCAAGAUCAAAAAAGAAGAAAAAGCUUCGACAGGAAAAAUGAUUCGAUCAAAGAUAGAAAAAGAAUAAAACAAGACCGAGAAGAAAUCUAAUGUAAUAUAGCCGCUCCGAUCGACCGUGUUACCAAGCCACCGAUGGCCUGAACCGAACUUCCAAAUGGAGAGCCCAACACCGGCCACGAAAACGAAACCACCAGGCCUGGUUAGGUGGAGGAGCAAAGUAACCGGGACCGUUUAUCGCAACGCGUGUACGCAGACGGGUCUCACGACGGACAAAUUUACAAACACGGAACGGGACGUGGGUGUGCAGGCGUAUUUCUUCCCCGACAUCCACGACAAAAUCGUAACCAGCCUCUCCAACAACAAGGCAAAUCUCAAUGAUGCCCCAAACGAGAAGACGGUAGAGAGCGUCGUAAAGAUACAGAGGUUUUACAGAGCUUACCGCGCUCGACAAACCGCGAUGAUCUCCCCCUCACCCCUCGCCAAGGACACGAACGAGCUGGUGCCGAGUUGCCACUAUCGCAGCCAAGAUUUCGUGAUACUAAACCGCGUGUCGCCGAGAACGAGAGCUGACUUCGAGCUGUUGUACAAUCUGCUCGAUCGCUGGCGCAUCCACGAGACGAGGAGGGCGAGCGAGCAUCUAUACAAGUCGGCCAGGAUCGCCUACGGUAGUCUGAUCCUGUCCAAGGAGGUGGAGUUGCUGCGGGCCAUAGACUCGAUGAAAACUAAGGUGAAGUCGGAGAGAAGGGAGAAAUCUUACAGAAAGUUUCUCGACGAGAUGUGCGCGCCCGUCGUUUGGAAAAAUGGCCGGGGAGAACCGAUUUCCGUGGACACUAUCCUCGCGCAGAAGGCCAGAAGCUUUCGGGACACGUUGGAACGCUUGUCGAGGGAGAGCUGGAACGUGGACGAGCGAUUAAACACGCUGGCCGAGUUGAGGAAGGAGGUCGAGACUCAUACGUGCAAGGAAUCGGACGAGUUGACGCGUUUGUUGGAUCAGGAGAUGUAUUUUCUCACUCGCAGAGUGGAGGGGAGCAAGUUGAAUUGGUUGAGGAGGGCUGUUAAGAUGGCCUUUUUGAGGUUGGCUAGGGAGUGUCUGAGAAAGGUGCAGCAGGGUUCGAAGGAUUCGAUGCGAGAUUGGUUCCAAUCUGGUUGUACCGUGUGCAGAAGUUGCGGCAGACUGUUGACCGUGGAAAAAUUUCCGCGCGAGAGACAACGUCGUUCCUCCUCGUGCAAGUACUGUUUGCACGUGAGGGCUCGAACCGGGCCACAACUCGUGUACCAACCUUAUCGAAGAUUGCUUCGCGAUAUCAGACGGCACGAAAUUAAAAUGUCUUGUUAUGGCAGCCUUGCUUUCGCUAUCGAUGCGAAGAUCGUUUACCAUUUAGUGAACGAGAUCUGGCACGGGAGAUCGGCGAUUUCCGGCAACGAUUGUUUGGAAGAGUUGAAAUUGGUUAGAUUUAGGAAGGGGGAGGAGUGGACACCGUGGAAUUCCCUUUUGCUAACUGCCAGGGAAGCCUCGUUGCAUCGAACGGUCGACGAUCUCGAGAAGUUUUACGGGGCGAUGAUACUGCAAAAGUUUCACACGAAGAAUCUUCAGGCUAAACUUCGAUUCGAGUCCCUGACUGAAUUCGAGAGUCUUUGCGAGAGCAAACGGUGUUAUUAAAGGAUUCCUUUUAUCCUUGUCCUUCGGCAAGUUAAUUAAUUGACGGAUCGUCUUCUCAAAAUAAAAAGGUGGAAUAAAAACGAAGAUUCGGAACGAGGAGGAAAAUAUGAGGGUUUGGAGAAGAUAAUUCAAUUGUGUUAGAUACGUAAGAAUGCGUAAUUUGCAAGAUGUAAAAAUAUAUCUCGA